UUACAUGGUACCAGAGCUAUAGGUUAAAGAUCUUGGUGUUCUUCGCCUUCCGGCGGGCGGCAACCUUGCCUUGACCGCCCGCCGGACCUCAACCUAGUCCGCUAAAGUUCUCUACACAUACAUUCACUCUUCUUCACCACCUCGCCGAAGCAAACCCAAAAUCCUUCUAGGACAUUUCGUCGAACAUCAUGUCUGCAACAAUGAUGGGUUUUCUUCCUUCUCUAUUUUUGGAAUCAAGCCCCAGACUAUUGCGUUAUGUCUGAUGCUCAAAAAGAACAUGCUUCAACUGUUGAAGAUCUGGUCCCAAAUUUUGCAGCUUUGAGGCAUCAAACCUGCAGUUCUUUGAGUGAAGAAAAAUUUUGGAUGAUAUAUUUUAUUUUGUUGCUCCCAAGACUGCAUGAGCAUGAUGCCAAGCUUCUAUCAACACCUGAGAUUGUUGAAGCGAGACGGAUACUUUUGCAGAAGCUGUACGAAAACAGGAACGUCAUCGGCUCUCUCCGUGCUGCCUGGUGUAUUGUCUCCUCGAUCGAGCAGAAAGAGGAGUCUCGCAAGAACGAUGACCAUGUCGUUUUGGUUAAGGACUACAGAUCCAAGGUCGAGUCCGAGCUCUCUCUCGUCUGCGCUGGUAUUCUCAACUUGCUCGACUCCAAUCUCGUUCCUUCCGCACCGAUCCACCUGAUGGUUCAACCCACCUCUUCCACUCUCUCGCCGCCGGUCAUCCUCUUCGGCGUUCCCGGCGCCUUCACUCCCGGUUGCAGUAUGAAACAUGUACCAGGCUUCAUUGAGAAAGCAGAGGCGUUGAAAUCAAAGGGUGUUGAUGGCUCAGCAAAGGAAAUGGGUUACGCACGAGCAGAGAGACAGAGGCACAGCUUCCAUGUGUUGGGAUCAUUGUCUAUCGUGGUCUGUACUUUGGAAUGCAUGAUUCUCUGAAGCCAGUGGUCCUUACUGGAAAAUUGCAGGAUAAUUUCUCGCUAGCUUUGCCCUUGGUUGGGUCAUCACCAACGGUGCUGGCCUUGCAUCAUACCCAAUUGAUACUGUUCGGAGAAGAAUGAUGAUGACCUCUGGUGAGGCUGUCAAAUACAAGAGUUCCUUCGAUGCAUUCUCUCAGAUCCUGAAGAACGAGGGUCCCAAGUCUCUCUCUUCCUUUUUCCCACAUAAUCAUCUCACUCCACUUUAUCACAUGGGCUCACAUGACAAGAUGGGCUAUAUCUGCAACUUCCUCCACGCUUUUGCACAAACCCAUUUUACUUUUCUUCUUUUAUUUCUU